UUAGGCCCCCCCCCCCCCCCCCCGUGCAAACUGCUUGGGCCAGGUAAAAGUGGACAACGGGUUCGGCUCCACCUUCUUUUUGACCCCGAGAACCUACUAAACUUGUCCCUGCACGCUUGUAUCGGACUUCGUUAUGACUCAGCUGUUCUCAUCAAAAUUAAAACAAUAUUCAUGUAGGACCGCAUCAAAAUCGCGGCUAAUGCUAGAUUAUAUCGUCAGAGGGCGCAUCAAAAAAUGUACGGGAUCGACAUGGGAUGUGGAAUGUUUGCAGUCCCAUGGACUCAAUAGCGUAACGAUCCCAUAUAGUUAAUUUAAGACCGCGAUGUGAUCCUGUUCCAGUGAACAGCAAGCAAGGAACACCACAAGGAACCCCAUAUAAGAGAUGCUCAUGCCUAUUAUGCACAACCUAGGAAAAAGACCCCAUAAAUAGGAUGUGCACAAUGUGCGUUUAUUUCAAACUGUAACUUAUGAUCUAAAAAUGUCCCUGUUUCCCUGUUUGCUCUGACUUUGAUGUAAUAUUUUUAAAAUGUACCCUCUUUAUGACAAGUUUUCUUCUCAAUUGUGCUGCAGUUAUGCUGUUUGGCAUUUUCUGACAAACUACACGGAGAAAAAUACUUUGGUUGCUGUAACUAAAAGUGUCUUUUAGAUAUACUUAUUUCUAUGCGGGAUAAAAUAUCAUACGAGGGGGCCACCGAUCGCGUAAUCUUGUGUACAGAUGAGGAUGAGGGUGCAAUCCCUAUAUAAUCCCCUACAUAAUCCUGAUGAAUUCCGUGUAAUACUUGGCCAAAUUUUAAACCAUCAUCACUAGAUUUCACCUCAUUGGCCAAAUAUAGUGGUUUCAGAGCCAAGAAUUCAACAAAAUGCAUGUGUAAUCCCUUCAAAAUUCACGUGUAAUCCCCGUAAUCACGUAAUCCUGUGUACAUCCUAAAUAGACUAUUCCGGCGGGAGCGCGCAGAAGACUCCACGGAAGCACAAAACGACGCGUCCGUGUAACAGUAUCCUGUUUCGCUGCCCCGAAAGACUAGCCUAUCUGUUUUUCGGCGCUCUCUGCAGCGCUGUCUUCCUCUUAUUGUGGGGUUGCUAAUAUUAACAGUAGAAAAAAGGUAAAAAUUGCCAUUUGUUCCUUGAUCCUUUAGGAUUACGCAGCAGUUUUUACUCUUUUACUACCGGGCCAUUUCACCAAAACUGUCAUAUUCUUGUGCACAGUCGAUAGCGGACGAAUAAGUCACCUCACAAGGACGCCACUUUGCACAAAUCUGUCCGACGACAUAACGAAGCGAAUCCAUACUCGAACAGCAAACCAUAACCUCACACUUCGUCUCCACGGGAAGAAAACUGAUGAUUUUCUCCACUUUUAACUUGUCCUCACUUUCAGUUUCACCAAAAUAAUCAGCUAGAAAACAUAACACAUGUUGAGAUGUGAACAAACGGGGUUUCCAACUUAUCAUUGGAACCCCACAGAACGAUUUCGCAUCAAUAGUUUGAUCAAUUUGAAGGAGUAAUAUAUGGAAAAGUCGGGUUAUGUUCGUUUUCACAAAACAACAAAAAUUACUAAAACAAAGUUCAAAACGUGAUAAAAAAUCAACGAAUGGUUGUCCAAUACUUCUUGUGGGCGUAAUACAAUGCUCAAGGUACUAGUUAAACAAUACGAUAUGGCGAACACGACAAAUCUCGUCAUAAACCUAAUUUUAUCUUCAUUUUUCAAACGUACAAGUUCCAAAACAGGCCGCCGCCGCGCCGUUCGUGAAGGGACGGCUCGCCACGUGCAUUGUCGCCACGGGACAGUGCAGCCCUAGGGUAGGGCCGACGUGUUCGCGACAGGACAUUUGGCCCCGGGGUGCCGGCAAACAGUGUUCAUGACGGGACAGGUCGGCCCCAAGAGCAUGCCGAGGAGUUCGUGACGGGACAGUUCGCUCACAGGUUCGCACCGCACGUGUUCGCGACGGGACAGCUCACUCCCAGGUUGGUGCCGACCCGUUCACGACGGGACAGGUCGUCCCCAGGUAGCCGCCGACCUGUUCGUGACGGGACAUUGUGGCCCAAGGAGCAUGCCGUCGUGUUCUCCACGGGACAGUUUGUACCGCGGCCCUACCGGACUCGUUCGUCACGGGACCGUAUGGCCCUCCCAGCCAGAAAUGCAAACUCGAAACGACGUCGAAUCGACGUCGAAGUGACGUCGAAGUCGACAAUUCAUCGAUCUAGAUGACAAAAUUCCAUCGGAUCUGUAGUGUACCUAAGACAUACUGCAAAUAAGCUAUCUGCAAAUAACUGUAAUGGCUACUGUCACACUGAAUAAUAAAGCAGUUAGACUUGAGACACGGGCGUGAGCACACUUAAUUAAUUCUGACAACCCAAACUACAUUGGCGACGAGGUACUCUGAACUCUAGUCUCCACGAUGGGAGACUCUGACGGCAUGGAGAAGUUUGAGCCGUAUGUCAAUGCGUCAAGUGUUGGACCCAGGUGGCGGGUUUGGGCGCGCCAGGCGAAGAAUUAUUUGGAAGCAAAAGGAUUUGAAGAACCUAAACGACAGCGGGCAAUGUUCCUCCACAAAGCUGGAAAAGAAGUAGAAGAGAUCUUCUUUGCAACCGCUCCAGAUGACCCGGUUCAACCUGCUCCUUUGCCGGCAAACCCCACCGCAGCCCAAGAAGAGGUCCACGCUGCAGCGACGCAGGCUUUUGAACGUGAGUCAAGAUUGCUCUUUGAAAACGCUGUGUCACUUCUAACUCGCCAUUUCGAGCCGCAGAAGAACCAUAUCUAUGAAAGAGAGAUUUUCUUUGAUUUGCGGUUCGAAGCUUCAGAUACGGUCGAUUCAUUUGUCCAGAAGCUCAGGUCCCAAGCCUCUUACUGUGAUUUUGGUGAUGAGGGGGAUAUGAUUCGGGAUCGUUUGUGUGCACGAUGCCCGUGGGCUGAGCUCAAGAUGGAAUUGAAUAAAGUAAUAAUGGCCGCUACUGCAGCAGCGCCCUUCACCUUACAAUCAGCACGCACCAUGUCCAUAACCUAUGAGAAGCUUUUACAACAGGCCAGAGCCACUACUGAUGCUGUCAACCGCCUUCAGUUGAAUAAGAAGUCUUCUCAAAAGAAAGGUACGGAUAAUAAGAAGAAUAAUGGUCCUAAAUCUGCUGAUAAUUGUUUUAGGUGUGGGGCCCCUGACCAUAAGGGUUAUGAUCCUUCCUGCCCUGGUCUAAAUCAGUCUUGUGAAAGAUGUGGUAUUAAAGGACAUGUCAAGAAGAUGUGUAAAACCAAGAAGGAAAGAGUCGAAGCAUUCAAGGCAAGGAGAGUCGAUGUCCCUCCUGUCGAUUCGUCGGACGAUGAAGAUAUCAUACGUGCCUUUCACGAAGAACUCCCCGUCUGCCAGUUGAACUCUCAAGAUGCAAGUGAGUACAUAAAAGUACACUUGGGAUAUGCUAAAACUAGAAUGUUAAUUGACUCCGGAUCAAGGAAAAAUAUUAUUCCUAAGCAUAUUUGGGAACAAAUCAAGAAGAAAUUUCCAGGGGUUUUUCAAGAACAACUAAGAGUAUUAUGCCCCUAUGGUCUGGAAAGUGGAACUAGAGUUCAAAUUCUUGGAUACUUUGUCUGCAAUGUUUCCCUCGAAAAUGGGAAAACUUUGGACAAUGUUAAAUUCUAUGUGGUUGAUGUACCUCCUUCUUACGAAGCUUUGUUGGGGAAAGAAUCUGCCCUGCUACUGGAAGUCCUUCGACUUGGUUUAGGAGCUUCUGACCAGCUGAAUGCUGUUUCUCUCCCCUCUACUAGCAUUGCUAAUAAUUAUCCUACUUUGCUUAAGGGUGUUGGCAGAGUCGCCAACAUUAACAACACCAUUCCAAUGAAGAAGAACUCUCCAGGGAUAAUUCAACCUCAAAGAAGAGUGGCUUUUCAUUAUCUCCGUCCCAUGGAAGAAAUUUUAUCGGAUCUUCUGGCUCAUGACAUCAUUGAGAGAGUUCCACCGGACCAUGUUUCCAAAUUUGUGUCUCCUUCUCAUCUUGUUCCAAAAAAGGAUUCUGGUAAAUUUAGACUGGUGGUUGAUAUGAGACAGGUGAACCAGUAUGUUGAAGAGGUAAUGUACCCAAUUCCACUGGUGGAAGAUUGUUUGGCCAAAUUAAAUGGUUCUAAAAUAUUUAGCAAGAUUGAUUUCAAUUUAUUCUUUCACCAACAUGCAAUUGCAGAAGAGUCUAGAGAUGUUGGUACAUUUAGUACACCAUUUGGCCUUUUCCGCUAUAAAGUUCUAUUUUUUGGUUUGAGUUGUUUCCCUGAGUUGGCUUAUUCCACUGUAAGAAGCCUAACCCAUCAUAUCAAGAACUUUGUCCUGAUGUAGGAUGAUGGUGUUAUACAUGGAAAAGACCAGCAGACCCAUGAC